GUGGGACUGUGGUGGACAUUCUGACACUGGGGGAACUGACUUGAUGUCACUGACAUCCCCAGUGACACCAAUACAGUGAUCAGUGCUAAAAAAAAGCACUGACACUACUAAUGGCACUGGGCAGGAAGGGGUUAACAUGAGGGGCGAUCAAAGGGUUAACAGCAUGCUGGGAGUGUUUUACCAGGAGGCCGUGUCAGUGUGCUUCACUGUUAGCACACUGCUUUGGAUGGUUGUGCUGUUCACAGCCAUCCAAAGCAGUGUGCCAGAGCUGACAGGGAGGAGAAUUGCUAGUAAACAAAACAUAGGGCGGUACCCGGAAAUGCAAAAU